UGCCCUUAUAUCUGCUUCUUUCCCUUACUGGUUUUUCAACAACCAAAUAUAUCAAAUGGGCUUUACAAAAUUGAAAGAAGAGCACAAGUGUUCUAAAGCUCAUCAUGAAGUUAAAAGCAAGCAAAGAGAUAUAGUUUCAUCAUUUUCUCAUCAGAAGUAUUUAAAAGAUCCCAAUUUUCUAAAAUCUAGAAAAAUUAAAUUCAUAAUUUUCCUUAUGAAUCAAAUUAGAGGUCAAUAUUCUUGCAAUGCUCUUUACUACUAUAAUUGUUUUCUCAAAUGUUGUUUCUUCUGUCAUAAGCCUCUUAACCUUCACAAGGAAGUUUACAUGUACAGGGGUGAGCUGGGUUUCUGUAAUGUGGAUUGCCGGAAUAGACAGAUAUACUUGGAUGAAUUGAAAAAAAUUGAGACUUUUACUAAAAAAAUGUUAGCAUCUUUUAUCCAUCGGCGUCGACAGGUUGGCCGGAGUACUCAAAUUACCGUUCCGUCGGGGGAUUACCGGCGGCGUGGUGCUAAGAAUCAAGUUACAUUCACCUUUUCAUAGUCCAUAGAAAUUUAUGAUGGACUAAUUUUGUAGCUAAACAGAAAAAAUUGUCGCUAUUUUUUUUAUUUGAUGGACUAAGAAUGAAAUUCUGGUGGCUACUAGCAAAUUAGAGAUCAACAAUUAGCGACUUAUCAGUUUUUGUUAGAGACGAAUAUAGAAUUUU